AUGUUUGGUUUAUUCAAUCGGAAUCCUGAAGCUGGUGCUCCUGGUCAACCGCAAAAUGUGUUUCUGACCCAAAAGUUUAUUGCCUACUCCCUUAUGUCAUAUACGGCAGCCGCAUGGUCUUUACAUUAUUGUGUAACAACAUCUUUCUCUUAUUUGCAUGCAAUGACGAAGAUUACCGAGGGUAUCCAUGCCAUGAUAUGGGGGAAUCUCUUUCUAUUAAACAGCGUCUUAAUACUAAAGGGUGUCAUUCACAUGCUAUUUGGACAGUUACGGUUGAUUGAAUAUGAACAUAUUCUCGAACGGAUAUCGUAUACCGUAAUAACUUUGUUAUUAUCGUGCUCGUCGAUGAAUGGGCUCAUCUCAGUUAUGCAGAUACACUGUGUGCUUUUUGUUUGCUGUAGAACGUUACACUGGAUCCUCAAGGACAGAAUGGAAGUCACUUUCCAGGCAAAUGACAUGCGCCUUACUUUGAAAGAUAUAUUACUUUCGAGGUUCAUGUUCAAUUUAUUAGUCCUAACAGCCGUAGAUGGUAUCAUAGUGGCAUAUUACGUUAAUAAGAUCUUGUACAAAUCUAACAUUGACGUUACAUAUACCCUGUUCAUUAUAAGCCAAUAUGCUAUACUUGGGACAGAUUUACUGCAGGUUAUCUUACGUACUGGGCUCAAUUUGUUUGAGCUUUCUACUAUUCAAAACAGAGCAAGAAUUCGUCGCAAUGCGGAUCAUCACGUCGAUGAGCCUGUUAUCAAUCACGAAGAAAGGCCAAAUGCCGUUGCCAUUGAAGAAGAUGAGGAUGAGGAUGAGGAAAAUGCAGGAUUGGAAGGGAAAUUCAUUUAUGAGAAAUUAAUUGAUGUUUUCAUUAGUACUGUUAAAGUUAUAAUUAAAUUCGCUUCCUCUUUCUCCACCGGCAGAGUAAUGAUGGUGACGGUUCUGUGGGAAGCGAUCACUACAUUUAAAUCUGCUAGAGGAUUGUGGAAAAAUUGGAAAAGUAGCAAAAGUUUGGAUGCAUCUCUGAUGGAUGCGACGGAUAUACAAAUUGAAUCAGGGGAGAUUGACAUUUGUAUUGUUUGUAUGGAAGACUUUCUACCAAGCCAUCAAAGAAAAAGCGACGGUAAAAAAGUCAAGAUUCUACCUUGCACGCACGCAUUGCAUUUAUCUUGUCUUAAAAAUUGGAUAGCAAGAUCUCCCACUUGUCCAAUCUGCAGACUCCCUAUUUUCGAUGAAAAUGGAAAUGUCAUGCCAUAUCAAGACCACUCACAAUCGACGGAUCCAAACACAACAGCCCAAGAAAUUAGCCCAGGUAUAGCUGUCGAAACAAAUUCACAGACGAAUAUCAACACACUGGAAACGACGAAUCAAAAUAUAACAUUAUCUCCGGACAAUUCCACUGCGCAAAACCUUGCAUUCCUACCCACUCGCAACACAUCAUUAAUAAUACCCAUCCAAAGGGAAGAUGAACAUAAACACAAAUUCAAAAUCUUGACUGAAUCCGGCAAAGAAAUCGAAGGUUCACUAAUACUGCGAAACAAUAUUGAUACAACCAAGGGUUCUGUCGUGCUACCCCAGGAUCUACUUAUUGAUCAGGAUGCGUCUCAAUUGAAACGAAAAAUUGCAGAUUUAGAGAGUAAAUUAGAGGAACUGUCUAAAAAGGUUAAACGAGAAUAA